AUUCAAAUUUUUGUAAUACACUUCCGUACUAUUACGUUUGUUCGCAUAAUAGAAAUGUUAAUAAGAUAUGACUUUGCGUUUAUUUUAUACACAUAAAAUUAAAAAGAAACAAAUACAUAUAUUUACUUUUUCAUUCAAAUAAUCAAUUUGCACAGGAACUGUGUAACGGAAUGUUUAUUUUCACAUAAUAUUAAUAUAAUAAAGAAUUAAGAGUGAGAAAUUAAAGUUCGGAACAAUUAAUACGUAUAGUUGUUAUUAUUCUAUAAUGUUACGUUUAAUAGAACGUUUAAAAAUUUCCGUUAAAUUUGCACCUACGUGUAAACUAAUUUUAAAUCGUGCAUCUUCACAAAAUUUGUUUAAUAAUUCAUUUUUAUAUACUAAUGUUAAUUGCAAUGUAUAUGUUAAAGAACAAUUAAAAGAAAUUUUUAAAUUAAAAGAUGCUAAAAUAAGUAAAUGGAUAAUGGAGAAUAAGGUUCGAAACCUAUGCUACACGUAUAUGGAAAGUAAAAAAGAACAAAAACAAUAUAUUUUGCAAGUAUUAGUUGAAAAUUAUGCAACUGAACAUGAUAGUGUACUUGAAAAUGCAAAAAAACUUCUUUGUACGGCAUUGAACAACGAAAGACAAAUGAUCAUUCAUGAAAGAAAUCUACAAAGUACUCUUAUACCACAAUAUCAAUGGUUAUUUAUUAUCAUGGGUCGUCUUAAACAUGGUGUGAAAUUUUUAGUUGAUCUAAGAACAGACAUUUUAGAAUUGAUAUCAGAAACAAAUGACAGUGACAAAAAUUUUUUGAUGCAACAACUAAAUCUUACACUCCAAGAUUUAUUAUUGUUAUGGUUUUCAGUAGGGUUUUUGCAUUUAGAACGAAUAACAUGGGAGAGCUCUUGUGAUAUAUUGCAAAAGGUUUCAGAUUAUGAAGCGAUACAUCCAAUAAGAAAUUGGGUAGAUUUAAAACGAAGAGUUGGACCAUAUAGAAGAUGUUACAUAUUUAUGCACCCAUCUAUGCCAAGAGAACCUCUUGUUGUAUUACACACAGCAUUGUGCGAUACUAUACCAAAUAGCGUAAAAGGAAUUGAAGAAGCUGAAAAAAGAAUCCUGGGAAGAAUAGAAACAGAAGUAUCAUAUUUAGAAGAAGAUAAAUCAAAAAUAACAGCAGCAAUAUUUUAUUCAAUAGCAUCCACACAAAAAGGAUUACAAGGUAUUGAAUUAGGUAACUACCUAAUUAAAGAGGUAGCUAAUCAAGUGGUUACAGAAUUUCCAAUGAUACAUGAAUUAUCUAGUUUAUCUCCUAUUCCUAACUUUAGAAUAUGGUUAUUAGAAAAAAUGAAACAAGAUAUUUCUUUCAUAUUUACAUUAGAAGAGCAAGAAUCUAUAAAAAAUAUUUUUCAAACAGAUGAUAUAUUGUCAAUGUUAAAAAAAGUUUUUAAUAACUCAUUAUGGACAUCUGACGAGCAAUUAUCAAAUUUACUUAAAAAACCAUUACUUCGGGCAUGUGCAUGGUACCUAUAUAAAGAAAAACGUCGUAGUUAUGCUUUAAAUAAUGUUGCAAAUUUUCACUUGCGUAAUGGAGCUAUCAUGUGGAGAAUAAAUUGGAUGGCUGAUUCUUCGCCACGAGGUAUUGCAAAUAGUUGUGGCAUAAUGGUAAAUUACAGAUAUUAUUUGAACGAAUGUGAAAAUAACAGUCGAAAUUAUAUUGAAAAUUAUUUCAUAAAUGCUUCAGAGAGUGUAAUCAACCUUAUAUCAUAAACAAUAAAAAAAAAACAAGUGAGAAAGUCACUUGAUGAUGUUAUCUGGACAAUAAAAUAGUAACAUAUUAACACGCUAAGUGUCACGACGAUUCCUAGGGAUUGACACUAGACUUAUCGUUCAUGCAAUGCCAGUCGUCAAGGCUGGGUUUGAUGAAAGUUUGUGGGAAGAUGAGGUCUACUUUCUAGUUUUGUAUAAUCCAGAUGGAAUUCCUUAGCUACCUUCCUCCAGUUUUGCGCAUCAAAAUAAUAGCAUGGGACUAGGCUGAGGCAUGGAAUCACCCUGGCCUCUAUUUGUCAAGGAUGGAAAUUCCGAAAGGUCUAAUAGAGGGGGUGUACUUGUAUCUCCACCUCCUCCACUCCCAAAUACAGAAUGGAAAUUAUUAAUCGCACCUUGAGAUCCGUAGUUGCGACUUGGAGGUAUACCAAAACUGCCCAUACUACCCAUUGGAUUUGAGGUUCUGUAAAAUAUUACUCAUAUAUCAUCUGCAUAUUGAAAACGUAUAUUUGGAAAUAUUUUCACUUUUGAUGGACCACAAAUUUACAAGUUGAAAUCAAAUGAAUAGUACAGGAUAUAUCCUUUUUGUCUUUUCUAUGUGUUCUUUGAUCAAAGUAUUUAUUUGUAUUAUCAGUCAAAGAACGCUAUGAAAUACUUUUUGUACAAACAGAAAUCGUGAUAUGUUACCAAAAAAUAAAUCAAUUAUAAUAGCAAUAUAA